GAGCCUCGUUACCUGUUGAAUCUCGAAACUGAACGACAUUUUACGCAGAGCCACACCAUAAGAACUAAUCAUUCUUCUGGAAGACUGUCGCCAUCAUGUCUAAGAUCACAGUCGCCGGAGUGCGUCAAAAUGUCCAACAGCUUCUGGACUACUCUCAAAACACCAAGAAGCGUAACUUCCUCGAGACCGUCGAGCUUCAGAUCGGUCUGAAGAACUAUGAUCCCCAGCGUGACAAGCGUUUCUCUGGCACCAUCCGCCUUCCCAACGUUCCUCGCCCUGGUAUGACCAUUUGCAUCAUCGGUGAUCAGCACGAUCUCGACCGUGCCAAGCACUUGGGCUUGGAGUCCGCCUCCGUCGACGACUUGAAGAAGUUGAACAAGAACAAGAAGCUCAUCAAGAAGCUCGCUCGCAAGUACGAUGCUUUCGUCGCUUCCGAUACCUUGAUCAAGCAGAUUCCCCGUAUCUUGGGACCCGGUCUUUCCAGGGCUGGUAAAUUUCCUACCCCCAUCUCCCAUGCUGAGGACAUGGAUGCCAAGGUCACCGAAGUCAAGUCCACCAUCAAGUUCCAGCUCAAGAAGGUUCUCUGCUUGGGUGUUGCCGUUGGCAACGUUGGCAUGACCGAGGAUGAGUUGAUCUCCAACAUCAUGCUUGCCAUCAACUACCUUGUCUCUUUGCUUAAGAAGGGUUGGCAGAACGUUGGAAGUCUUGUCAUCAAGGCUUCCAUGUCUCCUCCCAAGCGCCUGUACUAGAUUCUGUGCUUAAUUGCAUUGAAUCACAUGUUUGGAUCAUGGUCCGAUUGACUGAAAAAAAAAAAAUAAAUAAAAAAAUAGGCUAGUUAGGUCCGAAUAAAAGACAUUUCAAACCUUGAAAUUCCCUGCCGGAUUUAUAAAUAUGGAUAAGAUAGUUAUACACAGAAUAGAAAACGAAAUAGCCGUCAUUGCAGGUAAUGCAGUUACUGCAUACCCUCCAUUAACUCCGUCUUAUCAAGAACCAUUCCUCUGAUACCAAUAAAUUCACGAAGACUCUCCCAUUCCUCACCCUCCUCUUCACCUCUCCUGUAUGGAUCCUUAAAACCCCAGGCUACUGCCACUCUAUCGAGCGCACCUCGCUCUUCCUCUCUAAGCCACCGAUUUCUCAGAGGAAUACCAGGUGCCCACGACACCCGCUCCAUUUGAUCGUUACUCGUAGCAAUGGCAAUAACUCCUACAGAAGAUGUAAAACCUAUAUAUGCAAGUGUCGCUGUGAACGUGAUGCCAGUCGCCAUCGAUGGAUCCAUUGUAUUUUGCAUACUAGCAGCCCAUGUCGCAACAACAUAAGAUGCCAAGGGCGCAGUCGCCAAUCCUGCAAGAGGAACAGCAGCAUUCUUCAACAGUUUAGCUCUUGUAAACGCUGGGGCACAAAACGUCGUGUCAAUAAUAGCAAGCGCAAGCGAUAAAUUCUUCUGCUCCAGAGCAAUCUCCAAUGCUUCAUUUGCUAGUUUUGACGAGAUGGCAUUUUUCACGCUUUUGGGGUUCUGUUGGCGGAACUGGAUGGGUGAUGUGUUGGGUUCUGGAAUGGGUUUAUUGGCGUACAGAGAGAAUACUUGAGGGAGGUAGUCGGCUCGCUUGAGGAGGACGUGGAUCUUUGUAUAUAGCUCGAGGACUUCUGGAGAAAUGAAGACCUUUUCAUCCCCUAAGAGCUCGGUGAGAAGCUGAGAUAUAAUAUCCACAAUCCUAGGCCCUGACUUCUUGGGUAUUCUGGAUUUUCCGGGCGUGGCAUGCUUUUCGUCAAGACCGAGUAGUGAAGAUGCCGCAGUUGAUUUUGUCGCCGUCGUCGCCGCAGGUGUAUUUUGAUUCUCUUUCUCAUGCGGUUCUUGUGCUUUCAAGAAUGAUUCCAUAAUCUGUAAGCAUUCUUGUAGUAGCGCAACUACCGCUUCUUCCGACACUGCUUUGUCUGAAUGACGCAAAGCUUCGCAUUUUUCUUUGAUUUCGACCACCGAUGACUCUAUACCCGGGGUUGACGACAAGAGUCUUCUGAAUAGAUGCAAUGGCUUCACGACGGACGGUCUGAUCGCUAACAAUGGAGCACAAUCUCGUCGCAAUGGCGUGUUGCUGGUAUGAUAUUGAAAAGCGCUCCUCAAUGGUGCGCGCUGUAACGUGGAAUACGACACGGUCUCUGUUCGUUUCGAGUACUCGCAAAAUUGACACACCGAUCUUCGCAGCUUAGGUACCCCUCGAGGGCGUAUAAAGACACUACCCAUUGUGUGCCUCAUUAUGUUGUCGAAAGCAAAG